AUGGAUCCAUGCUCUUUCGUACGGAUCAUCGUCGGUAAUUUGGCGGUUAGGUUUCCGAUAUCACCGUCGUCUUCGUCUUCCUCAUCGGGACCAUCUGUUUCCGACGUAUCCUCUGGUAAUUGCUACUGUAAAAUUAAGUUCAAGAGUUUCCCGCGGAAGAUUGUUUCUGUUCCCGUCCUGUUGCGAACUGAAUCGGAGUCGGAGUCACGGUGUUGCUUCUCCGGUAACGUAUCAACCGUCGCUGCUUGCUUCAGUCUGAGCAAGUCUCAGAUCGAGACGUGUCUUAAGAAGCCUAAGUGGAGUGUUCUCUCCGUCGAGGUUUACUCUCGCAGCGGUGCUUCGUGUGGAUUCCUCGCUCCUUCCGGUGAGAAGCUGAUUGGUCGGUUCGAGGUUUCGCUUGAUUUGAAGGCGGCGGAGACUAAGACGUGUUUGGCACACAACGGCUGGGUUAGUUUGGGCACCAACUCGAAGAAGAAGAAUAAGAAAUCCGGGUCGGAUCCGGAGUUCCACGUAAGCGUACGGGCUGAACCCGACCCGAGAUUUGUGUUUCAGUUCGACGGCGAGCCCGAGUGUAGCCCUCAGGUUUUUCAAGUCCAAGGAAGCACAAAACAAGCUGUUUUCACUUGCAAGUUCGGAUUCAGAAACUCCGGUGACCGGAAUCUCAAUCCCAGUUUAUCGUCGUCAUUCAAAAGUGGAAAGGAGCUGUCUUUGAAAGAGAGAAAAGGUUGGACGAUAACAAUCCAUGAUCUCUCUGGCUCACCAGUGGCUAUGGCUUCAAUGGUCACACCUUUCGUACCAUCCCCUGGUUCUAACCGCGUGUCACGGUCUAGCCCUGGAGCUUGGCUAAUCCUCCGACCUGAUGGCUACACUUGGAAGCCAUGGGGUCGCCUCCAAGCAUGGCGUGAACCAGGCGUUUCCGACGUUUUAGGUUACCGUUUCGAGCUUUAUCAAGACGGGAUCGCCGUUGCAGUCUCUGCUUCGUCGUCCAUCAACACAAAACUUGGCGGGAGUUUCAUCAUAGACGGAUCAACCACUUCUACGACUGCCCCUCUGACUAUCUCGGAAGGAAGUUUCGAUCUUUCGUCCCGGUCAAGCGUUGGAUCAUCGAGAACCGGUUCAGGAUCCGGGUCGGAUUUCGGGUUGUCACUUCCUCAAGCGCAACAGAAGCUGGGGUUUGUGAUGUCGACGAAGGUGGAAGGGGUGGAGAAACAGAGCAAGCCUAAGGUGGAGGUAGGUGUGAAGUACGUGACAUGUACGGAGGAUGCGGCGGCGCACGUGGCACUAGCAGCGGCGGUGGAUCUAAGCAUGGAUGCUUGUAGGCUCUUCUCUCGUAAGCUAAGGAAAGAGCUGAGACAGCUAAGUCGCGAAGCUGUCGUUUGAUGUUUAUCGCAUUGUUUGUAAUCGUACAUGAGAUAGAAUUGGUCUUCCACUCACUAGUUGUUUUUUUGUUUCUAGUGGGUAGAUAAAAGACUUAACUAUUUUUGAAAUGGGCCCUCGUGGACUUUAUCUUCAGCUUAGUGUUUAAGCCCAAUGUCGU